AUGCCAAUCCCAGACAACCUCGGAUACGCUGUUGAGGAGGAAACAUGGCAGAAAUCUAUCGAUACACUCGACGAGAAGAACCAGACGGAGAAGAUAUUGAACGGACAUAUAGCAUGUACAAUGCAGGCAUGGAACAUAAUGCGCAUCACCGAUCGUGCCCUAUGGAAUGACUUUCGUGAAGAAUUCAACGGGUGGACCCUAGACACAUUCAAGGUGGCCAACAAAACCGCACUGAAGAUGCUUCGACUUUACCUGAUUACCCACGGAGUAUGGAUCAGAGUACGCAUAGGGACAUCCUACGCGAAGGGACUAUACGACUGUCUCCAAGAGGUCACCCAGCACGAAUGGACCAAAGAAGAGAUCGAAGACCAUCUCAAGGAGCACCCAGACAACUUCAGCUCCAGAUGGAACCCUGCACGCGACCGAUCACCGACCGUCCGACCACACUCCCCAGCAGCACGAGCUACUUCGGUGAACCCACCAAAUCCUCAAACCCCACGAACGAAUCUCGAGAAACCACACAUCGAACGAAGUGACCAGAGAUGGGAAGAAGCCAGAUCCAUCACGCUUGAUACAGCCUACGUGGACAAUCACAGACAGCAACAUUCCGAUUACGGUAGACCCCAACAAUAUUCCACGGAUAUACCGUUACCGAGAAUGAUCGAAGCAGUAACGAGGCAGUACAGCAACACGGACGACAAGUAUGGCGGAGGACUGUAUGACGACUUCAACACUAAGUUAGUCAAGUUCUACGACGUCUGUGAAAAGAUCGGCCUACAGGAGCAUCAGUUCCACGUCGCAUUCUCCCUUAUGCUCAAGGGGAGAGCGGAGAAAUUUUACUUCACACGGAUCAAAGGAAAGGCAAGAGAUUUCCCCACAAUGAUAGACAUGAUGAGGGCGCACUUCGACACAGAAGAAAACCGUCAAAGAUAUAUCACGGAAUGGAGAGAGACUACCUUUCCGAGUAUUAUUGCUCAAAAUCCGGAGAAAUCGCGCCCGGAGUGCCUCGAGAUCCUCUUCGAAACACUCGAGAAGAUCCAGCCAGGAUUGCCCCCCGAACACCGCUCGGAGACGACCCUACGGGAACAAACCAUAAAUGCCUGUAGAGGUGUUGAGGAAUGUAAAUUCUCCUUAUAUAGGCCGGCGAGCACUCUCGAGGGAGUGCAAGCGGAACUGCGAUCAGCAGUUGCUAAUGCGGCUUUUUCACCACGGUCGGGGCAAUUUCAGGCUUAUGAGGAGUACGAGAUGCACGAUCAGCAUUGGACCGACCGGACAUACGGAGGGAGAGGUCGUGGAUACAGCCGCGGAGGUUAUAGCCAGCGCAGAGGAAGCUAUGGACUCGGUAACAACCGUGAACUCACUCCCUUUCGUGGAUCAGGACCACGAGGAGGCUACCGUGGAAGUCGACGGGGCAAUCAAGGACCCCGCCAGGGGAGAUGCUAUGUCUGUGGAAAGCCAGGAUGCUGGUCGAAGUAUCAUACCGGGGAGGAACGAAGACAAUCACUCGAUAACUUCCGCCAGCAACAUUACUUCACCACGGGCCAAGCGGCCACCCCACAGGAUUUCCAGAUGUUCCUCAACGACUUUGAAGGAGAGGAGGAGACAGAAGUGCUAGACAGCAAUGAUAGGCAUGAAUCAACCCUGAUGCUCGCAGACAUGACUAUUGAGGAUGACGGGCACGAGGGAUUCUUGACAGAGCUCGGGGAAGUCGACGGGAUUAGAAUGAUAUCCAUCCUAAACGACCAGUCAGCAUACCAUUUCUUCACUAAAGACGACAUCUUCCAGCAGCGACAAGCCAACGGACAGGCCAUUGAAGUGUUCACACUUGACAACCGGUAUUCAUCUGACACUUUCCAAGGCAUCAUGCCGGAUACCGGAGCCUCUGGUGUUUCGUCUGCUGGCGAGCCUCAAUUUAGGGCAUUGUGCAAGCUCGACCCCAGAGUCAGACUCGAUACGUCCCGGGCUGGGGAACAUAGAAUCAAAUUUGGAGUCGGAGAUCCAAAAGUCUCCUUGGGGACUGCCGAUGUCGAUACCCCAAUUGGAUCCAUUACGUUUCAUAUCCUUCCCACGAACACACCGUUUCUCUUCUGCCUCAAGGACAUGGAUGCUAUGGGGGUGGAGCUCAGAAACAAGAAAAACGUACUUGAGCGAGGAAACAAGAGAGUGCCCAUCGUUCGUAAGUGGGGACACCCAUGGAUGUUGCUACAUAAUCUGGAGGAGAUAGCAGCAUGGAGCCACCUCACUGAGACGGAGCUACGGCAACUCCACCGACGUUUUGGACACCCAUCAGUGCGAAGAUUGACCCGAAUCCUUCAGCGUGCCGGGCACGAAAUAAAUUCGCAGUGCAUCGACUACCUCACGAAGUUCUGCCACCAUUGCCAGAUGAAAGGCAAGUCCCCAGGACGAUUCAAAUUCACUUUGAAAGAUGACUAUGAGUUCAACUACUCAGUUAUCGUCGAUAUCCUGUACCUCGAAGGAAAGCCCGUUUUGCAAGUCAUCGAUACAGCCACGUCAUUUGGUGCUGCGAGAUUCCUGAGAGAUAUGUCUGCACGCAAUGCUUGGGACACACUUCGUGCAUGCUGGAUCGAUACCUACCAGGGACCCCCGGACUACGUUGUGCACGAUGCGGGGAAGAACUUCACAUCUACAGAGUUCAAGCAGCUUGCAUUGUCGAUGUCAAUCAAAGUUAAGGAGGUCCCCGUGGAAGCUCACAAUAGCGUAGGGAAGGUAGAACGAUACCAUACACUGCUGCGCCGUGCCUACGAAAUUCUCAGAGAUGAGCUCAAGGAUGAGAACAUUGACAAGGAGAUGAUCCUGCAAAUGGCCGUGAAGGCUGUCAACGACUCAGCCGGACCAGAUGGAAUUGUCCCAACACUGCUUGCCUUUGGGGCAUACCCGAGAAUGACGGAAAUGGAUCCACCAUCACCUUCGGUAGUCAAGAGAGCUGAGGCUAUUCGCGCUGCAACCAAAGAGGUCCGUCGCCUACAUGCGGAACGCCAGGUGAAUGACGCUCUCGCCAUGCGCAACGGCCCUAGUACAAUCGCCACAUUGAACCUACCAUUACAGUCGGAUGUUCGAGUCUGGCGCGAGAAAGGUGGAUGGAAGGGCCCAUAUAAGCUCUUGGCGGUGGAUGGAGAGACUUGUACUGUGGAUAUGCCAUAUGGACCUACGAAGUUCCGAUCAACGGUUGUUAAGCCCUACUAUAGAGAAGAGCUCCCAGAGGGAGAGGGAGGUCAACGUUGUGUUAAGGUAGAGGACGACCAAGUGAAUGAGAUUGUCGACUCGAGACCUAUUGACGAGCCCGAUAAACCGACGGAAAUCCAACGACGAGGUCGAGGACGACCACCAGGAUCGAAGAACAAACCGAAACCGCAGACAGUCGUGCGGCGGGGCACCCGACGAGGUCCUGCUCAUCAUCAAGAUCUCGAGGAUCAAUUCAUCAACGCUGUUUGGGAAGGACAAGACGUUUCAAUGGCGCUUAUGACAAAUAAAGAACGAGCCGAUAUGGAACUGUCUAUCAAGUUGAGAAAUGAAGGUGUCAUCACGACCCCUGGAUUGCCAUUCGAACAAUCCCGGAACGAGGAGAUUGAAGGAUUGAUAGCCAGAGGCGUGUUCGAGUUCGUACAAUACGAUCCAAUCAAGCACGCUAGCAUACGCAUCUUCAAUUCGCGCCUAGUCAACGAGAUCAAAGGCAAGGCUACGGGUACGCCCUUCGAGAAGUCACGACUUGUUAUCCAGGCAUACAAUGAUGAAGGGAAGGGGAUGAUUCUCACGCAAUCCCCGACUAUUCAGCGAGCCAGCCAACGUGUUAUCAUUGCACUCGCCCCGUCACUAAGCGAGAAAGGCAUCAGUCUGUCGAUCCGGGAUAUAACACAGGCAUAUGUCCAGUCAACGACCUCAUUGAACAGACUGAUUCUGGCACAUCUCCCUAAGGAGACCAAGAGCAAAUUCCCGACAGGCACAAUUAUGGUAGUGCGGAAGCCGUUAUACGGGAUCCCUGAAGCCGGAACCCAUUGGUGGGCAACGUACCACAAGCACCACCGGGAAAGGCUCGGGAUGGUCACAUCUACUUACGACCCAUGCUUGUUGAUCUCAACAGCAAAAGGAGCUUUCGGCGUGGUCGGGAUGCAAACCGACGAUACUCUGAUUUUGGGAUCCGACGAGUUCGCCGCGCUUGAAGAAAAGGAAUUAGCGGAGGCAAAGUUCAGCGCCAAGCCCAAGGAUACACUGUCUCCAGAGUACCCGCUGAUAUUCAAUGGCUGCGUUCUAACACAGAAGGAAGGAGACGCUGCAGUUGAGUUACGCCAGAAGGAGCAGGGCAAGAAACUUAAGCUCAUCGACCACAAAUUCAAGGACUUUAAACACGCAUACAUGGAACAACGUGCUCGCGGAGCUUACAUUGCAACAAUCUGCCAGCCGGAGGCUGCAUUCGACCUAUCCGUUGCCGCCCAACACCAGGACCCCACGGAAGCCGACGUCAACGCGCUGAACAAACGCAUCAUGUGGCAAAUGAAGAACCUAGACAGGGGUAUCAAAUAUGUUGCAAUUGACCUAUCAACGGCGAAGCUCUUCGUAUUCGUCGAUGGAUCAUUCGCGAACAACAAAGAUUUUAGCUCCCAGAUUGGAUAUGAGAUCAUCCUCGCAAACGAGUCCACAAGGAGCGAGGAAUUUGAGAUCAUAGGAAACCUGAUCCAUUGGAGCUCAACCAAGAGCAAACGAGUUACCAGAAGCGUUUUGGCAUCGGAGAUCUAUGGAAUGGUAGGAGGUGUCGAUAUGGCAAUUGCAAUUGGCACAACAAUCAAGAUGAUCAUGGACCAACUUGGCUUUGGAAAGAUUCCUACCAUCGUGUGCACGGAUUCAUACUCCCUCUACGAAUGCCUCGUCAAACUCGGAACCACCAAGGAGAAGCGUCUGAUGAUCGAUAUCAUGGCACUUCGCCAGUCAUACGAGCGAAGGGAGAUAAUGGAGAUAAGGUGGAUCAACGGGAGCGACAACCCAGCGGAUGCAAUGACCAAGGCAGAACCCAACAAGGCCUUGGAGAAGUUCAUCACCACAAACACCUUACGAGUGCGAGUUGAGGGAUGGGUGGAGAGAAAAUAG